UGUUGCAAUGAUGCUAUGACAUGCGCCUUUCUGUUGCAGGAGCAAUGCCGAGCGUCAGAGAGGGAGAAAGGUCAGUUAAGGUCAAACAUCAGGAAGGUGAGUGCCAACUGGUUCGAGAGGAAGGCCCGGACCGGAAGUGAAGGAGGAGGGGAGAGAGGUGGAGGAGGAGGAGAAGGAGGAGAGAGAGGUGGAGGAGAAGGAGAAGGAGAGAGAGGUGGAAGAGGAGGAAGGGUCGAUACCGGCGACGCAGACGGAGGUGGAAGAGUGAAAGCGGGAGGAGAAGGAAGAGAAGAUGAAGAGACGAAGGGGAGAGGGAGAGGAAGAGGAGGAGGAGGAGGAGGAGGAGGAGAUGGAGGAGACAAGGAGGUCCUCGGGCACAGUGAAGCAACGGAGACCCCUCCCGCCCCCGCCGAGAGCGAACGGGAGAACAGCGAUGACAAGGAAGAAUUAGCGGAAGGGGGAGAGAGCAAACCGACCGGCAACGCAAGCGGAGGAGGAAGAGACGAGGAGGAGGAGGAGGAAGACGACGACGAGGAGAGGCAGGCCAUCAUCCGCAAGCUGCAGGACAUCCCGAGGCUGCUGACGGAGGUGUCCUUCCAGGCCUACAAGCUCGAGAUCACGGAGAGAAUGUGCCGGGAGCUGAGGAAGCGCGUCAAGCAUUACGAGACGGUCAUCGACGACCAGGAAGUCAUCAUCCACGGCCUCAAGGACCAGCUUCAGACCUACUUCUCGGACAACCAGCAGAUGGCGCAGCAGCUGUCGUCCUUCUCGAGGGUCUUCGAGGACUUGGAGGUGUCGGAGAGGACGAGCUUGAGCACCAACCUCGAGGCCGAGGGCGAAGGGGGCGCCAGCGACUCCUCGUCCUCGGGUCUGUACAGCCUCCCGAACGAAGACGACCUCCGCCAGAUGUCGUCGAGCGUGAGCAGGACGUACAUCAAGCUGCGCGACCUGAUCUACGAGAAGAAGUCGCUCAUCACCGAGAUCGACCGCCUGAAAGUGCUCAACCUCGAGCUGCAGCGGAGGGUCGAGCAGCAGGAGUCUCGCCUCGAGGGAGUCACGGACGCCCUCCACUCGACCUGGCUCCUGGUCUCCAACAUGAAAGAGGAGCACGCCAAGCUCCACACCUCCGAGUCCAUCCUCCGCUACGAGCUCAAGGGCAAGCGGGAGCUCCUGCAGCACCUCAAGGACGAGCUCGAGUGCUCGCGGGACCAGUGGCACCGUAUCCGCCAGAUGAACUCGGAGAGCGAGGACGAGUGGGCGAGCAUGAGGGAGGAACUGAACGCGAGGAGGAGGAGGAGGGGCAGCGGGGGGGAGGGGGGGGAGGGAGGAGGAGGAGGAGGGGAAGCGGAGGGCGCCGUCGGAGGCGCAGAAGGAGGAGUAGGAGCCGUCGGAGGGGCCAUCCCCAGCCCCCCCCUCCCGCUGCCCCCGUCCUCGGACAAGUUCGAGCCCCCGGUCGACCUCCUCCUCGACAUGGCCAUCGAGUACGGGGUCGUGGACGCCGAGGACGACAUGGCCACGGGCAUCGUGGCCGCCAUGGAGGGCGAGGACAUGCACGCCUCGAGGCUGAGGGAGCUCGAGGACCAAUGCUCGUACUUGUACCAUAAGCUCAUGUCCUCGACUUCCCGCUCGCUCGCCCUCGCGUCGAGGCUGUCCGCUCUCCACCAGCAGUAUGGGGACGAGGACGAGGACGAGGACGACUACGACGAGGACGAAGACGGGGAUAUCUAUUACGAAGAGGAGGACGAGGAGGAGGAGGAGGAGGAGGAGGAAGAGGCAGACGAAGGAGGAGGAGAAGGCUAUCCUUUCUUCGAGUCGGACUCAGGCGUCGCUUCUCCAUCACGUCCUCCUCCAACACACCUCCUUCCUUCUCCCUCACAAGAUCCUCCUCAGGCAUCGCCCUCCACCAACACUCUCUCCUCCAAUCCUACCACUUCUGACUUUUCCCUUUCCUCCAACACCACCAACGCUCUCUCCGACACCCCUCCCUCCCCCUCCUCCCCCUCCAACGCUCUCUCCAACACGCCCCAGGAGGACGACCUGAGCAAGCGCCUCAUCAACUUCCUGCCGCGAAAGAUCGAAAUUCUGCGCCGCGAAAAUGAGAAACUUGAAGAGAAAGUCAGGCAGCUGAUCGAGGAAAAGGAGAAGAGAGAAGGAGAGAAAGAGAGGGAGGAAGAGGAGAAGAAGCGAGAGGAGGAGAGGAAGCGAGAGGGAGAGGAGAGGGAGAGGAAGGAGACGGAAGAGAGGGACAGGAGAAGGAAGGAGAUGGAGCAGAUGAAGAUGGAAUUAGAGACGGAAAGGAGAAUAAGAAAACAGUUGGAGGAGAAAUUGCACCAUUUAGGAAAAUGCGUCGAUGAGCUCAAGCUGGAGAGGAACGGACAGAUCAUCGAAGCAGAGGAGAAACUCAGGCAAAAAGUAGAGUCUCUAAGUCAAAGAGAAAAAGAAUACUCGACUUUACAAGAAGAUCUGGAGACGCUUCGAGAGAAAUACGAGGAGAGAGGAAACAUUCUGAGGAUUGCGAACGAGAGGGUGGGGCAGCUGGAAAAUUGUGAGAGGGAGUCGCAAAAUAAACUGCAUUUGGCAACUGUACAGGCAGCCGAACUGAAGACCGCUCACGAAGAAUUGAACAAGGAAUAUGGACAAUUGAAGAAAGAAGUAAUAAGCAUAAGAGAAGAAAUGAGGAGAAUGAGGGAAGAGAUGGAGAGGAAAGGGGCAGAGAGGGAAGAAGAACAGGAG